AUGUCCAAACGUUCAUUCUCCUCAAUAACAUCACCAGUAAAUGGAUCAAUCAAAAAACAUCAUGGUCAAUCCCCACCAUUAUCCAAUUAUGAAAUAGCAGCCACUGAAACAUGGAUUUCUAUUGGGAACUGCGCCACCACGUUAGGUCUUAUCAUGCCAGCCAUUAGAUCAUUUGAAGCUGCCAUCCAUCAUGAACCUUCGAAUUCUCAAGCUCUUUGUGGAUUGCUGGCUUCACUUCGAGCCAAUGAUAUUAAUUUAAAUGAAACAUUUGGAUCUCAACGUUCGAUUGAUCAACUUUCUAAACUGCUUGAUCAAUUUCCUGAACUUGCCAAAUCUCUGUUGAUCUUCAAGGAGUUGGCUGAAUGUUAUCUUUUGAUUGGAUUGAAUGAUCAAGCCCAUCAAUCCAUUCAAACAGCUAUUCAAUUAACUCCUCAUGAUCCUUCAUUAUGGCUUUUGAGUGCUCAAACUUUGAUUCGAGCUGGUGCUCGUAGUCAUGCUGCUGGUUCACUUACUCAUUGUUUAUCAAUACUUCCUGAUUCUCUUAAUCAAUUUUCCUCGACAGAUAUUGAAACUGCAAGAGCUGCUCAUGCUGAAUUAGCUGCCAUUCUGGCAGCUGAUGGUAAUAUUGAACUUUCUAUUGCUGAACUUACUGCAACUUUACUGUUACCAGCACCACCAAUUUCAAGAAUUGAAGAACAUGUUGCCCUUUGGUGUGCUCUUGCCACGGCCAAGGAAAGAGCUGAUGAUGUUCAAGGGGCUCUUCAAGCAUGUGAAGGUGCAGAACGAGCCGUCGGGGAUUCUCCUCGUAUUCUUAUGACUCAUGCAUACUUGUUAUUGUUGAGUAAUGAGAAACAAUCUGCUCAUCAGGCAACCAUUUUAUUGGAGAAAGUUUUAGCAUUGGAAAGAAAGGCAAAUAAACCAAAGGGUGAACAAGCUACAGAAGGGUCAGCAACAACUUCUGCUGAAGUUUCUUCUUCAGCUGAUGAAGAACCAAGUGUUGAAGGAGAUUUCCUUCCCUGGUAUCUUCUUGGGAAGGCAUACUCUUUACUUGAUUCUCCACGUGCUGCGUAUGAUUCAUAUCAAGUUGCUCUUCGUAGAGCUUCUGCUUCCCCUAUCACUUGGCUUGCGGUGGGGAAACUUUAUUUGGAAUUGAAACAACUUCCAGAUGCUCUUGCUGCAUAUUCACAAGCUCUUCGUUUACAAGUCGAUGAAGGUUCACCAGGAACUGCCACCGCUUGGGAGGGACUUUCAUGUGUUUAUGAAAGAUGUGACGAUCAAUUGAUGGAUGCAUCUGAUGCUUGUCAACGAUCUGCCACUUGUUUCAGAGCCAUUGGUGACGUCAAGAGUGCACAAGAACUUGAACAAAGAGCAGAAACCUUGGCGACAGAACUGAAGAAGGAAGGGUCAGGGCAGGCCCCUGUCUUGCGUGACCCACCAGAUGUACCAAGCAUGAUGUUGAGAGAUUUGGUUGCCUUGUUGCCUCAUGAAAGAAUUGUAUAUGUACAAGGACGGUCCAAGGAACAAGAGAGAGAACAACAAAAACAACAGCAACAAGCACAUGAUCAGGCUCAAGCACAACAAGCUGAACAACAAGCUCACCAAGCUCAACAGGCUCAUGCACAUGCUCAACAUCAAGCGGAACAGCAAGCCCAAGCACAAGCGCAAGCACAAGCACAAGCCCACGCCCAAGCACAAGCACAAGCUCAAGCACAAGCUCAACAACAUGCCCAAGCACAAGCUCAACAACACGCCCAAGCACAAGCACAAGCCCAAGCCCAAGCUCAACAACACGCCCAAGCACAAGCUCAAGCCCAAGCUCAACAACAUGCACAAGCCCAAGCACAAGCCCACGCCCAAGCCCACGCCCAAGCCCAAGCACAAGCACAGGCUCAACAUGCACAUACUCAUGGCCAACCACCACAUCAUACUCCUACACCACUUCAUACUAUUGUAAACGGUGGACUGCCACGCGGAAUCCCCCCCAAUGCAUCGCCAGUGUAUUAUCAAUCAGGCCCAGCACAUGUAUAUCAUUCUUCAAAAUCCCCAAGACCGGGAAUGACCCUGCUCCCUUCAACACAAUAUUUCUACCAGGGACCACCUCUCCCACCACCACCACCACCACCUCCUCCUCCACAACAUGGAGGACAGCCAGAAGGUCCUCCACACUUGCGUAGCCCACAACACCUCCACCAGUCUCCACACUUGCAUCAACGUCAUCCACAAGGUGGGUACUAUCCAGGAGCGCAACCUGGCGGCGGUCCACCAGGCCCACCAGGUCCACCAGGUCCACCAGGAGGCCCAGGAGGUCCACCGGGUCCACCACCACCAGGAUAUACCUACGGACAGUACGUUCCUGUACAAGGAGCAGCACAAUAUGCCCCUCCUGUGAAUUCAUGGAGAAGAUAA